AUGGCAUCAGUCUCGAAACUCUCUACUCUCGUCGCGCUUGGACUCGCCGUUGUCGAUUUUGUGGCGGCGGAAAAUUAUGACCCAGCAAAGCAUCAUCCACGCUGGGAAGAUCUGAGAGCGAAGAGAACAGCAAGUCAACUACAUAGAAGAGGUCUCGUCCCUAGACAAACACCAGGAGGUGUCAAACCUGGUCAACCAACACACCAAGUACCGGAUAGUAUGAUUGGCGGCUUCGAGAGAGUUGGUGAUUCAUAUGUCUCUGCACAACAAAUGUUUCUUGGUACAGAUAAGCUGGUGUACAUCCUCGACAAGGUCGAAGGGAAUCCACAUCAGAUUAACGGACAUCCUGCCUGGGCUUCCGUCUAUAAUCUCGAAACCAAAGAGACCAAAGCACUUGAAGUAGUCACCAAUACAUUUUGCGCAGGCGGUGGUCAACUUGGUGACGGCCGAUGGCUCAAUUUGGGAGGAAACAUGGCUUCGGAUCCGAACGGUGUAGAUGCGGUGAACCAGAAUGGUGACAAUACCUAUCAUAACUCGGAUGGAGGUAAAUCCGCGAGAACAAUACUUCCUGGUGAUAAUGCCGAAUGGACAAACGACCAGAGUCUCGAUUUGACGGAGCGUCGAUGGUAUCCUACUCUGGAACCCAUGGGUGAUGGAAGGAUGUUCGUCUUUGGUGGUUCGAAGACUGGCGACUUUGUCAGCAGUUUGGACAACAACAAUCCAACAUACGAGUUUUGGCCCCGUCGUGAUGGGGAAACUCCUGUCGGUAGCCCAAUCCUUAUCGACACGGUUCCCGCCAACCUGUAUCCCAUUACACAUCUCCUACCCACUGGUCAAUUCCUUUUAAAUAUCAACCGCGCUGCUGCCAUUCUCGACCUUAGCGGGCCAUUACCUCGAGAGUUGCCCCUCCCCACCGUUCCCGACGCUGUUCGUACCUACCCAGCAUCAGCAGCCACAUUCAUGAAGCCAGUCACCGUCAAGGAUGGAUGGAAUGCGACAGUCGUCUAUUGCGGCGGGAGCGACAUUGCUCGAGAGGACUGGUUGAAUAGGGACAAGAUAUUGAUCAACAUCCCGGCAUCGGCAAGCUGCAUCAGCAUGUCUCCUGCAUUUUCGGGUGAUUGGGACUUUGAGGACUCGUUGCCUGCUGGACGAGUCAUGUCCAAUGCGAUUAUUUUGCCUGAUUCGACGGUGGUCAUUCUGAAUGGCGCGAAUAUGGGUGUGGCUGGAUAUGCCAAUGCACAACAACAAUCUUGGUCCGUGGACGACAGUUUGGCAGACAGACCAGUCUUCCGACCGGUCAUAUACGAUGGCAGCAAGCCAAAGGGCCAAAGGUGGUCGGAUCAAGGCCUCCAAGAAUCACAGGUCGCGCGCAUGUAUCACUCCACAGCAACUCUGCUGCCCGAUGGAUCCGUUCUCGUCUCGGGAAGCAACCCACAUGCGGACUAUAGCCCCCAAAAGACGUACCCGACCGAAUACGCCAUUGAACGAUUCUACCCUCUGUACUAUAACAAGCGUCGUCCGGAGCCAUCGGGCAUCCCAACCACUUUAACCUAUGGCGGGCAAUACUUUGACCUUCAGCUCUCCUCUGAAGACUUGGGCGGAAACAUUGGAAACUUAAACGCCGUCAAAGUUCAACUGGCACGCACUGGAUUCUCGACACACGGAAUCAACUUUGGGAUGCGUAUGGUCGAACUGGAAUGCACGUUUACGGCCAAUUCGGAUGGAAGCGCGACAUUGCAUGUCAGCCAGCCUCCGCCAAAUCCGAAUGUAAUCCCUCCUGGCACUUCUUGGCUCUUUGUCGUCGUCAAUGGUGUUCCCUCGGUCGGCGUUCAAGUCAUGGUUGGGUCUGGAAAGAUUGAGCAACAGACUCUUCAUGAUGUUGAGCCCCUCCCGGCGUCAUCGACGGUGACGGCCACGCCGGAUCAUCAGACCAACAACGGCGGAUCGCAUCCUUCUGGAUCACCGAGAACAGUAGCACUGACCAAGUCAAUUUCUGCGCUUUUGGUCGGGCUAUUGGGUGUAUUUGCGCUCUUUUAG